UUUCUCUCCGUCAACUCCCACGAGGCAAAUUUCAUUCUCUCUCUCUCUGUCUCUCACAUUCCUUUCAAUGGCUUCUUGUGAGAUUGGAGCUUCAAGGAUGGGCAUACACGAACCAGACCUACUUUCUCGGAUUCAAAGCAGUCGCCACACCACCGAUCGCUCCUUCCACUAUGCAAAAUCCUGUCGAGCCACUUACUCUGAUUGUUCGUUUAUGGAGGAAUUUCUCCAUGAGGAAGAAGAUGAUGAUCUCUGGGCGAAGAUGCUGGAGGAAGCAAGAUCAGAUGUGGAACAAGAGCCGAUUCUGUCUUCCUAUUACCACGCUGCGAUUCUGUGUCACCAAUCUCUGGAAAUCGCGUUGGCCAAUCAUCUCUCCCUUAAAUUGAGCAGUUCCAGUAUUCCCAGCGGAACCCUAGUCGAUAUCUUCUUUUCAAUCCUUAAUGAAAAUGAAGAAAUCGUGGAAGCUGUAAAGUAUGAUCUGAGGGCAGUGAAAAAGCGUGACCCGGCCUGCAUAAGCUAUGUCCAUUGCUUUCUGAACUUCAAAGGCUUUCUGGCAAUCCAAGCUCACAGAAUCGCUCACCAAUUGUGGUCUGAGGGGAGAAACACGUUAGCCCUUCUGAUUCAGAACAGAGUUUCCGAAAUAUUCGCUGUAGAUAUCCAUCCAGGUGCAAAAAUUGGAAGAGGAAUCUUGCUUGAUCAUGCCACCGGAUUGGUGGUAGGAGAAACUGCAGUGAUAGGUAACAAUGUGUCAAUUCUGCAUAAUGUGACCUUGGGAGGAACUGGGAAAGCUUCUGGAGAUAGACAUCCCAAGAUUGGCGAUGGAGUUCUUAUAGGCGCAAGCACUUGCAUUCUGGGCAACAUAAAGAUUGGUGAAGGUGCUAAGAUUGGUGCUGGUUCUAUGGUCCUGAAGGAUGUGCCUUCCAUGACUACUGCAGUUGGAAACCCAGCUAGAUUGUUAGGAGGAAAGACUAAUCCUGUAAGGCUGGACAAGAUUCCAAGCUUCACUAUGGAUCAUACUUCACAUAUUUAUGAAUGGUCUGACUAUGUGAUUUAGAUGCUAUUCAUCAACCAUAUGGCAUGUAGGUAAUAGAGUUCUUGAUUGCAUGCUAGAGGCUCUUUGUGGGGAGUUGCUGGAUUUGAGACAAAAAUCUUCUCAUGCUUAUUUUGUAUACCGUUAAAUCACUUUGAAAAUGCUAAUCCAAGGGCUCGAGUGAAAAUCAGUAGUUCUCCUGUUAUCAGCAAACUGAGUGUCCUGGGGAGGUUGGUGCUGGAAACAAAAACAGAGCAUAAUUGAACUGUUCUGAUGUUUAGAAUCACUUUUUGUUAGACAAAUAGACACAAACACACCUUUGAGUCUUGUAUGCUGUGCCCAAUUCUUGAUUACGGGAUGUUGUUAAUUUAUAGAUAGUACUGCUGGUUAAUUCCAGCUGCUCUUUGUAA